GCUGGACACGGAAGGCUUUAUUUACACAGAAUAAGUUGAUAUGUCUCCCGGCAACAGUUCCGAACAGACUGUUUCGUUAGAGAUGAGUCCAAAUGAAAAAGACAGUCUGACUGGAACCAACGAAAUGGUUGUCACUUCAGCUGCUAGACCAAUGAACGAUUCUCAAGACAGAACAGAUUUCAAUGAUGUUGUAACCAUGUACAAUGGCGUCACAGGUGGCACUAGCAACAACAAUCCUUCUGGGAGUGGUUUCACUGACAGACAAAACAUCGUUCGAGGGUUCUGCGACGCAUCACUAAUGGCGGCAAAUGUGUCUCAGCUACGCGCGGUAUUGGACGGGGACCCGGCAUACAGAUUCUUCACCCCUCUACUGGUCUUGAUUGGAUUGUCUUUGAUCUUACACAUAGGGUUUGGUCUUAUAAUGAUUCAAAGGUGGCGAAAAGCAAGAAAAGCCCACUUGGAACAUGUGAAGAAAGCAGAAGAGUCGGACUCGCAGGGGCAGGGGCCCAAUACGAUAGCAAGCGACCCCCGAGGGAUCGUCUGUGCCUGCGAAUGGUGUGCGACUGUUGAGUGGUACGAUGAGAUCAGUAUAUUCAUUGUGUUUUUUGUUAUUGUUUUGAAUGUUGUGAUCGCAGUACUAGGGUUAAGGGACAGCAAGUAGUUUUUGGAAAAGCAACUACAUGUAUA